AAAUUGGCUUUUGUGUUCCGUUAUCCGUCUUCGCCUCUCUUCCCAUAGUAUAUUACAUAAAAUAUUAUGAAUUAAAGCAAAUCCCCAAUUUCCCCCUCAUCCCAAUCCUCACCAAACCCUACAACGAAAACCCUAAUUCAGAUUUUGCUUUAAUUCUGAUUUGCUGGUCCGUAAUUCUAUUCAAAAGAAAGACCCCUAUAUAUUGCAUUUCCCCAAUUUAUUACGUUUUAAUUUUGAAGAGAAAUUGAGAAGGGAAUGGAAGGUAUACCACACCCAAUACCGAGAACGGUGGAAGAGGUCUUCAACGACUUCAAGGGCAGACGCUCUGGCUUGAUUAAGGCUCUCACAACUGAUGUUGACAAGUUUUACCAACAGUGUGAUCCUGAGAAGGAGAACUUAUGCCUAUAUGGACUUCCAAAUGAAACCUGGGAAGUUAACUUGCCUGUCGAGGAGGUGCCUCCUGAGCUUCCAGAGCCAGCAUUGGGCAUAAACUUUGCUAGAGAUGGAAUGCAGGAGAAGGACUGGCUAUCAUUGGUUGCAGUUCACAGUGAUUCGUGGUUGCUUGCUGUUGCUUUCUAUUUUGGUGCACGAUUUGGGUUUGGAAAGAAUGAGAGGAAAAGACUCUUCCAGAUGAUAAAUGACCUUCCGACCAUAUUUGAAGUUGUCACAGGAAAUGUCAAGCAACUGAAAGACCAAUCUGCGAAUCACAAUGGCAGCAGCAAAAGCAAAUCAAGUGCUAAGUCUCGCCAAUCUGAACCCCAGAGUAAAAUGGUAAAGAUGUCUCCACCAUCUAAGGAUGAAGAUGAGAGUGGGGAAGAAGAUGAGGAAGAUGAUGAACAGGGUGCCACUUGUGGUGCAUGUGGGGAUAGCUACGGCACUGAUGAAUUCUGGAUUUGCUGCGAUAUCUGCGAGAGAUGGUUCCAUGGAAAAUGCGUGAAGAUUACACCUGCAAAGGCUGAACAUAUCAAGCAGUAUAAGUGCCCAAGUUGCAGUAGCAAGCGGGCUAGGGUUUGAAAGUAGGUCCAGAAAUUGGACAGAAAUUGGACUUACAUCCUGUUGAAACGAAGCAGGCAUGGUUCAUAGAAUAGUUGUUACGGUUUGGAAGUAAAACAGAGUAGCCCGUUUUAGUUGAUGAAUGAAUGUGGAUGACUGCAGAUGGGAUUUUUAAGUUUUGCUACUCUUGCAUUUACUCUGUUUAAUUUCAUUGGGAAUUGUGUUUUAAACUCAUGCUGGCAGCUAGAAAUAUAAUAUAUAUAUGUUGCAUUUUUUUGGUUUCA